AUGAAAAAUGCCAAGUCAUUUUCCGAAAAUGUAGUUUUGGCGUAUUUUAAUGAACUAGCUAGUACAUAUAAGCCUAGCUCGUUGUGGACAACAUAUUCUAUGCAGAAAAGUACGCUCAAGAUGAAAAAUGGUGUCGAUAUUAAUUUAUAUUCAAAUCUCCUUGCAUUUUUAAAGAGACGCUCUGAUGGUUUUAUAAAGAAAAAGUCUAAGGUACUGUCAUCAAAUGACGUCGAAAAGUUUCUAAGAGAUGCUCCAGAUAGCCAGUACCUGGCUACAAAGGUUUCGUUAAUAUUUGGUAUUAAUAGUGCAUAUAGACGGCAAGAGCUUCACAAUAUUACCACAAAUGACAUUGAAAAUCGAGGCAUAAUGCUUUUAGUUAAAAUCCCAAACACUAAAAACAAAAUACCCCGAUCUUUUAUUAUCGACGGCCCAUUUUGUAACGUGGUCGAAAAAUAUGAAGCUCUGCGUACGACUAAGGCAAAAAAUAAUAAUUUCUUUCAUAAUUACCAAAAAGGGCACAGUUUCAGAACAACGUCAGCUACAUUACUUGCUGAUUCGGGAGCAGAUAUAUUGACUUUAAAGCGGCAUGGCGGGUGGCGUUCUAACGCAGUAGCAGAAUCUUAUAUAGAAGAUUCCAUCCAAAACAAAGCAAAUAUAAGUGCCAAAAUAACUCGGGCAAUAAAUUUGGAGCCACAAACGAAGAAGUUUUGCCCUGAGCCGCGCCCCUCUACUUCUACUGAUAAUAUUUUUUUAUUUACAACUAAUGACGAAUUACCAUGCUCUUCUGCCGCCUUUCAAGAAGUUUCGUCAUCUCCAACAUUUACCCUAACACAAAACAAUGACAUUAUGAAUAGUAAUAAUAAUAAUAACAAUGUAUGUUCGUAGAUUAAGUUUGUGAAGGAAAAUAAAUAAAUAAUAUUAUUAUUAUUACGUUGUUGUUGUGAUCUCUCAGCUCGAAGCUGGCCAGUUCCAUGUAAUGACGGGCACAUGCCAAGUUAUUACAUUCUUCAAUUUAUUAAAUCUUUUUCCUGUUCUUCGGACUGCAUGAACCUUCUGACCAGUAGCGGCGUUAGGGUAGGGCGCGGUUGGGCGACCACCCAGGGGCGCCGGACGAAAAGGGGCGCCGCAGGCCGCGGCGCCCCUUUUCGUCCGGCGCUUCUUUCUGAUGCUGUAUAAUGAGGAAGUAUUUUAAAAAAACGAAAGCACUACAAAAAAUACCUCCACCUAGAUGGCGGCUCUAGCGAAAGUUGAUUUUUGGAGGAAACGAAUGGAACAAAGACAGUCAUUUCCGUUCAUUUUAACUAACAUAUUAAAAAACUGAAAUUUGAAGAGUUCGAAACUUAGAUAUCAAUACAAAUACGAAAAAGUGCAAAUAGAAUAUGAGUUGUUAAUUGAGUUUUGAAAACUAAUUUACUUUUAAACAUGAGAGAAAACUGGAAGGGUUGUCAUGGAGAAAUCAAGAACAUACCGUAGCGACAUCUAGUUUGAUUUCGGGAACUAAUGUUUUUUUUUAAUUUCUAAUACUUCCUCAUUUCCCACAGACACCCUCUUAUAGUUCCCUUGCUCAUUGAACAAGGCCUACUGGGUCGGCGAAAAAAGAACAAUAACCUUGAGGAUUUUUAUUUUUUUAUUUUCAAGUUGCCUCACUUUCAGCAUGAAUUGAAAGGAAACUUAACAAGAAAAAUAUAUUAUGGUAAAACAGAACAACAUACCGAUUACCAAUAUGAAGAUAUGUAUUUUAUUAGGUAAUAUGACGUACAUUGGAGGGCAUUAUCGUUCAGUCAUUUAAGAAAAUUUUCGUUUGAGCAUGUUUAAACGUUAAGCUGAAGCUAAAAUGCUGCAAUACAAACGAAUGCAUCGGCAGUGGAGCCUCUUUCUAGCAAGUCAGAUGGAAUAGCUACUCAAGAGAUUGUGGAUGAAAUAUCCCGAAGUAAGGGAGCAAGUAGUGCUAUGAUUACAGAUGCUGCUCAGGAUAAAUCUGUUAUACAAAUACAUGUACUAGAUGAUGUUGAUACUGUUGUCCCGAAUAUAGGAUCCAGCUACUUGUCCACUUAUUUGAAAUAG